GGAAGUCGUCUACUCGGAGUGGCCGGAGACGGUCGGUCAGUCUCGUCGAUGGAUAACGUCCACGAGCAGCUUCGGAAAUAAACGUUCUCGUUGAAGCAAACCCACAAACAGUCGAAGCUACACUUUCUACACGGUGCAGUUAGCAUUUAGGUGUGAUUUCUCUGUUGGGACCAAACAGUCUGUGUUGGUGAUGACAGCUGGCAGGACGCAGAGCCUGUGAGCUCCCCUCCUCCAUCCAGCCAGUUAAACAAGUCAGUGUCAUGCCGGUUCUGGCUAUGGCAGAGCCUGUGGUUGAUCACCAGAAACAGUUUCAGGCUGCUGUGGAUGUCAUCCAAAACCUUCCCAAAAAUGGUUGCUACCGGCCGUCUUAUGAGGUCAUGCUGCGUUUCUACAGUCUGUACAAGCAGGCAGUGUGUGGACCCUGUACAGUGCCCCGACCCGGCUUCUGGGACCCAGUGGGCCGAUACAAAUGGGAUGCCUGGAGCCACCUGGGUGACAUGAGCAGGGAGGGUGCCAUGGCAGCAUAUGUGGAUGAGAUGAAGAAAGUAGCACAGGAGGUCAUUGACACCAUGCCCAUGAAUGAGAAGACAGCCUCACUCUUCCACCACUUCGAGCCUCUCUACAGGGUGAUAGACGACAUGCCGAAGCCUCCAGAGUCACUGCUCAAACUCAGAGAAGGCAGUGAGCAUGCCGACAUGCCGGCCGAGAUGAAGCAGGACGGCCCUAAAGAAGAUUCUUCUGUUCCAGAGGCUGCAGAGCCAGAUCAGGACUUCAACUUCCCUGAGGUUAUGGAACUCACUGCUGAAACCACCACUAAUGACUCUGGGGUGUGUGAGGGGUUGGUGUUGACCAGCGACUCAGAGAGCGAGAUUUUCUGUGACUCUGUGGAUUCAGUGGAGCAUCUCAGCAACAUCAAGAUUCCAGUUGUCAAGUCGAAUGGUUUUCACAACAGUCACGAGUCCUUGGAGUCAUCUCUGGUUCAGAGCCAUCAGCUGGAAGGAGGUCUGGAGGUCAGACAGGUCGGAGCGGGUCAAGGUGGAGAGGGGGCGGAGGACGGAAAGGGUCAGGGUCCCAUCAGAAGGAGUCGAGACACAGGGCGGGACGGUUCCUCCCAAAACUGGAGAGACCGUGGCGUUCCUCAGGGUAGCCCGAGGCGGGGGGCCCCGGGCGGUGGUGGUGGUGGCGGCGGACGAGCAGGAGGGGACGGUUCAGAGGGUGGAGCUGAGAGGCUGCAUGAUGUCCAGCUACAGCAGCAGAUCAUCCUGGCCCUGCGGAGGCUCAGAGAGGACAUGAGGAGCGUGAUGGACCGGCUGGAGGUGGUGGAGAGGCUCGCUGCCACACAUAGCCGGAGUUCAGAGUGGAGACCGUGCCUGCAGUGUGCAGCUGCAGCCUCACAACCACAGGAGAGGUGGUGGCUGUUCGACGUGUCAGGUCAGACCGUCCUCCUCUUCCUCCUGUGGCCGUUUGUUGCUCAGGGUCUUGUCCACCUGCUAAGGAAAGCCCAGAAGAGAAGUCGCAUAUCUUCAUGAAGUGAUCUUAAUCCACCAGUGCAAGAAGUUUAAUUUCUACAGCAGAGAGGAUUGAAUGAAAUGUGAAUUCACGGGAAGGCUUCAUCCUCCCUCUCUGUGUGCACUGACAGGAGGGACGAUUGUGGACUUGCGUGGAGAGAAAUGUUAUCUGGCUGUGUGGUACGCCUCAGGAUCCGGAAAUCCCUCUCACACACUACAGCAAAUAAAUCUUUAUUUAAAUUAUUCUGGUGGAUUAAUCAGAUGGUUUCUUUUGGGCAGCAGGUCUUUACCAAACCUGGAUACAUGCUUACACUGAUCAUGAGAAGCCUGAAUGUAUGACUCGGAUUAUAUUAUAAUAUUAUCCUAAUUAGUGAGACAUAAAGUACAUUCCCCAGAUUCCAUUUACUUUUGGGGUUUGCUACCAUACACUCAGUGUCUUUUGUAAUGUACAGGAUAUUGUCAGAAUACUAUCUGUGUCAAAUGGCACAAUGCAGCCAGGCUAUCUGCUUUUCAUUGGAAGAAUUCACUACAGAUGUCUUGCUAGUAAGUCAUGCAGUUGUAAUGUCACUGUCACUCUGAAAUCCACUGACGAUACUGAAAUGUGGAGGAAAGCUCUGUACUGGCUGAGAGGACUCUGUGGCUACAUUUGUCACUUUAUCGUGAUCUUUCAGAUCUCAUUCUUGACCUCAGAUUGUCAGUGUCUCCUCUGACUUCUUUAAUAAACCGUCUAAUCCGCG